CAGGAUCACAGGUUGUAUAAGAACUGCAGGUGUAUUUGGAGUUUUGCAAUUGACACCGGGAGCAGAGAGAAGGAGGGAGAGCUUGGAAAGGAGCACAACGUCGGGUUUUAAGAAGAGAAGCCUAAAGACUCCUUAGACAUGUCUUUCAACACACUGACCUCAAGAGCCGUUCUUCUGUAUGAUCAGUGGAUUAAGGAAGCAGAUCCACGGACUGGGAACUGGCUGCUUAUGGCCUCCCCGUUCCCUCAAACGAUCAUCAUCGCUUCCUACGUCUACUUUGUGACAUCGCUGGGACCUCGGCUAAUGGAAAACCGCAAGCCCUUUGACCUCAAGCGUCCCAUGAUCAUCUAUAACUUCAGCAUUGUGGCGUUUUCCCUCUACAUGAUUUAUGAGUUUCUCAUGUCUGGUUGGGCGAACGGCUACACCUAUGGGUGUGACCUCGUUGAUUAUUCCAGUUCUCCUCAGGCUCUCAGGAUGGCAUGGACCUGCUGGCUGUACUACUUCUCCAAGUUCAUUGAGAUGCUUGACACUAUUUUCUUUGUCUUGAGGAAAAAGAACAGCCAAGUUACUUUCCUUCACGUCUACCAUCACUCCAUCAUGCCCUUCACAUGGUGGUUUGGGGUCCGAUUCGCCCCAGGUGGUCUGGGAACUUUCCACGCCCUGCUGAACUGCAUCGUCCAUGUCAUUAUGUACUCCUACUACGCUCUUUCUGCCAUGGGACCCGCCUACCAGAAGUACCUGUGGUGGAAAAAGUAUAUGACCACCAUUCAGCUGGUUCAGUUUGUGAUGGUCACGGCUCACAUCGGCCAGUUCUUCUUCAUGAAGGACUGUCCUUACCAGUUCCCCGUCUUCCUCUACAUAAUCGGACUGUAUGGGCUGAUCUUCCUGCUCCUGUUCCUCCAUUUCUACUACCACGCCUACACCAAGGGCAAGAGGCUUCCCAAAGUGCUUGAGAACGGAAACUACCUUCUCAAGAAAUCCGAGUGAUCUUUCCCUUGGCCAACCUAAAAAGUGAAGCUCUAACCUGUUAAGUGGGAAUAUUCCUUUUUAUUUCAUGUGUUCAAGUUCCACUCCCCUGUUUUAUGUUAAAACUAAUUGUGGAAUACCGCCACCUUAUCACUGGAUUUAAGACUUCAGAAUUUGCACACUGGUGUUUUACUAGAGAAUCUGUCCUCAUUUUUGUCUUCACUUAAGGCUUUGAAAUGAGUAUGGGGUGGGAAGUACAGUAUUUGUUAUAAUGUCUUCCAAUUUAACUGUAAAUAUUGAAAUUAUCAGCUUUGGAAUAUGAUUGAACUGCUGGCCAAAUAUGCAGAGGUUAUGAGAGCAAAGGUGAUUGACGUUUGUUGCUAAAAGGGGUUUUUGAAGGUUGUGUUUUAGUUGUAACUGAAUGAGCCCGAGGCCCUUUGACCCUUGAGGAACACCUGACUGAUCGACCUGCUUGUGCUCGAACCUGUGCCGCAGAAGUGACAUCAUCUGAAGUUACUGUGUUUAUGAUGUGAUCUAUUUAUUCUUUAUUUAAUAUUGAUGUUUUCUUAAUGUGAUCUUUUAAAAAAAAAAAAAUGAUUUGUAGGAAUUACCUGUUAUGCUUUUAUAUUCUGAUGUGAGGAAAUGGAAGACCAGAACAAUGUCACAGGAUUUUUGUUUUUCCUUGUUUUUGUCUUUUUAAAAUCAAUUUCCAAUUUUGUGAAAGAAAUCGAAUUGUUUUUAUAGUGAAACAAAAUAAAUUAUUUGUCACCA